AUGAUCGUCAAUCGCCUGAACUACCGAAGUUCUCAUUCUCAACCGCAAUCUUCGUCGUCAAUGGAGCUCCGGCGAAAACUGGCACAUAUUAUCUAUCGUCACCGUCAAGUGCAGAACGCAUUCAAUCAGCUGAAGUCGCAGAUCAAGACCGGCUUGACUGAAGCUGAGGAUGUAUUCGCGUCUCUAGCUAUUCCAUUGGUGAAGCUAGUUGGUCUGAAAACUGAGGAAAUGGCGGAUGAAGGAAGAUUCAACACAAUUUUGACGAAACAUGAUUCAAAUUCUCAAGAUAGCAGGAUGAACGAUCUAGAAAUGGAGAUGGAGGUAAAAUCACAUUCGGCUUCAAGUGGAAAAGAGAAAAGUUAUCAAGAAAUAUGCUAUGGAACUCAAGCAUCCAUUAUUGCAGAAGAUCUUAGAAAUAGACAGAAACUGCAGCUAACACGACUAAUUUAUAUCCUUAAAGGAAUUGAAACUCAAGUUAACUCUAGCCAGAAUGACAUCCUUCAGACUCUUGCAGAUAAUAGGGAUUCCAUCCUGAGGUUCUUCCAAAAAGCCUUUACAUUUAUAGCUGCAGUUUGUCAAUCAGAUCAAACUCAUUCCACACUUCCUGUCACUGUAAAGAUCCUUCAAGAUGCAUGUAAGCGAAUAGGUGAAGUACUUAGUUCAGUAGAGGAAGGUGUAGAAGACAUGAUUCAUGAACUAGCUAAACAUCUGUGUACACCAAUGAUUGAGUAUGUCAAAUGCCUGAAGGCUGAAUUAGCAGCUGAACCAAUUCUUCAACUUUUGGCUAUAGUGGAUCAGAUGGAAUUAGCUAUGAUAGAUGGAAAACUGGAGUUGAAUGAAUCAAGAAAGACUAGGAGAUUAGCUGAAGAGAGAAGUGUUGAGGCUUUUACUAGAUUAAAGAAAUCAGAAGAGAAAAUAGUCAAAAUGAAAGAGUUCUUAGGGUUUCUUCUAGAAUCCAGAAAAGGGUCCAUGGAUCAUGUUCUUGGCAAACAGGAGUUGGUUGGUGGAGAUCAAUAUCAGGGGAAAGAUGAGAAGAUAAUGUAUGAAGUGCUGAAAAAGAAAAGGAAAAACUCUGUAUCUGUUAGUCCACUUGGACCUGGACAGCUUCAAUGCAUAGGGUUCCAUAACCAUUUGAAUGAUCCUAGAAGGAAGAGUACAGCCAUAGCUGGUAAAUGGUUGAAUAUAAGAAACCCUUCUAGAGUGACGACUCCACAUACCACUAACUUGGACCUUAGACUGCCACUUGGGUCAUCACCAUCAUUGGUUAAUUUGUCAUGCAAACGACUGAAAAAAGGUUAG